CUCUACCUGUCCGUUUUUCACUUACUCGCGGACAAACUUGAGUCGAUCCACUGAAGAAUACGAGUAUUAGCCACGGUUUUUGCUAGUCUUUAGUGAGUGUUUGGCCUUCGAGUAGUAUGCUGCUCCGAAAUGUUUAAUUUAUUCCUAAGCUAAAGUUUGAGUGUUUUUCCUAUAAUUUCCAAGUGGAUAGUUAUAAAUUCAAGUUUAGUGUGGUCUAUUAUUAGCCUCCUCGAGUGCAGAAGAAUUGUGCGUGACUGCAAUAUUGGAUACAUUGUGUGCAUUUAAAAUUGGAUUAUUUCACUCCCUCAUCUACCAGUCCCAGUGGUCAUAGUUCGUUUUAGGUGACUGAGGUGCCAUCAUUUAGGGGACGCCAUGGGGAGGUUAACGGCGGCCAUUUUAAUUUGGCUGUCCGCAUUCUAUUUUCAACAAAUUGCAACCGAGGAUUUAUUCUCGUGCCCAAAUGGCUGGGAACUUAAAGGACUAAACUGUUAUAAAUAUUUCAAUAUAAAACACUCAUGGGAAAAAGCAGCCGAACUCUGCCGAAGGUAUGGCGCUGAAUUGGUAGCAGUUGAUUCAUAUGCCGAAAACAACGUUACACUCGCGAUAACAAAAUCUAGCGACCCGAGUCGGAGAGGCGCUGAUAAAUAUUGGUUAGGUCUCACUUCCUUGGACGAUCUCAGAACAAAUACCUUGGAAUCAGCAGCAGGAACCCUGGUAUCACAAUACUCUGGCUUCUGGGCUUUAAAUCAACCGGACCCAAAGGCUGGUGAAUGUGUGGCUGUCUCCGUUGCUCAACAACGUCAAUCUUGGGAAUUGGAUACUUGUGAAAGCCUACUACCUUUCAUGUGCCGAGCCCCUGCCUGUCCGCAAAAUUCGGUCCAUUGUGCCAAUGGUUUGUGUGUAAAUGAAGCCUUCAAAUGUGAUGGCAAUGACGACUGCGGAGAUGGAUCAGAUGAGUUGGAUUGCUCGAAUGCAUGCCAUUUUCAUAUGCAAUCUGGAGGAGAUGUUAUUGAGUCACCAAACUAUCCACAUAAAUACGCUGCAUUAAGCAAGUGCAAAUGGACACUGGAGGGACCUCAAGGAAGCAACAUUAUCCUACAGUUCCAAGACUUCGACACUGAAAAGACUUUCGAUACUGUUCAAAUUUUGGUAGGAGGACGGACAGAAGACAAAUCUGUAUCUUUGGCAACUCUAUCUGGAAAGGAAGACCUCGCUAACAGUCCCUUCGUAACUGCUUCAAAUUUCAUGAUCGUCAAGUUCACGUCAGAUGGAAGCGUCGAACGUAAAGGAUUCCGUGCUACAUGGAAAACGGAACCAAAAACUUGCGGAGGAACCCUGCAAGCAUCUAGUCAAGGACAAGUACUCACUAGCCCAGGAUAUCCAAGACAAUAUCCUGGUGGAUUGGAAUGUCUUUAUAUCAUAACGGCACAACCAGGUCGUAUUAUCUCGCUUGAAAUUCAGGAUUUGGAUCUGAAUGCCGGUCGCGAUUACAUCCUUAUUCGUGAUGGUGAUAGUCCAAUGUCACGACCAAUCGCUCGUCUCACAGGCGCUGCUAAGGAUAAUGACAAAGUUGUGAUAUCAACAGGAAGCAAAUUGUAUCUCUACUUCAAAUCCAGCCUUGGAGAUUCAGGAAAAGGUUUCAGCCUUCGAUACACGCAAGGAUGCAAGGCAACUAUUACCGCUACGAAUGGAACUGUAACUUCUCCAGCUUUCGGACUCGAAAACUAUCCAAGCAAUCAGGAAUGUUUCUUCGUUCUUCGCAACAGCUUAGGAUCACCUCUUUCCUUGAAAUUCGACAAGUUUGAUGUUCACAAAAGCGAUUUAGUUCAAGUUUACGAUGGAUCUUCAACAGCAGGACUUCGACUUCAUUCAGGCAAUGGAUUCACAGGAACUACAGCACCGAAGUUAACUUUGACUGCCUCGUCUGGGGAGAUGUUGAUUAAGUUCGUUACAGACGCUCUGCAUAAUAGCGUAGGAUGGUCAGCAACAUUCUCAGCGGAUUGUCCCGAACUGAAACCUGGUAUCGGAGCUCUAGCUUCGAGCAGGGAUACUGCAUUUGGAACAGUUGUUAGUUUCACAUGUCCAAUUGGUCAGGAAUUCGCAACAGGGAAAAACAAAAUCACCACGGAGUGCUUGAAAGGCGGAACUUGGAGCGUGGAUUACAUACCAAAAUGUCAAGAGGUAUAUUGUGGUCCGGUUCCUCAAAUCGACAACGGAUUCUCCAUUGGUUCAUCUAACGUCACAUAUCGUGGUGUCGCCAUGUAUCAGUGCUACGCAGGAUUUGCCUUCCCAUCUGGAGCUCCUAUUGAAAAGAUAUCUUGUCUUCCUGAUGGACAUUGGGAGAGAAAACCUUCUUGUUUGGCAUCGCAAUGCUCACCUCUGGCUGAAGUUCCAAACGCAAACGUUACUCUAUUAAAUGGUGGUGGAAGGAGUUAUGGAACCAUUGUUAAGUUCGAAUGUGCUCCCGGCUAUGAACGCACUGGACUUCCUGUUCUUAUUUGUAUGUCGAAUGGAACAUGGAGUGGAGAUGUUCCGAAGUGCUCAAGGAAAAGAUGUCAUACAUUCCCGGAAAUUCCAAAUGGAUUCGUUGUAGACGCGGCUAGGAAGUACUUGUUUGGAGAUGAAGCAAGAGUUCAAUGCUUUAAAGGCUACAAAUUGACGGGAAGCAACAUUAUCAAAUGUGGUACAGAUCAAGAGUUCGAAAAACCACCUAAAUGCGAAGAUAUCAACGAAUGUACAUCAACCCAAUGCGACUUGGCCUCCACAGAAUGUAUGAACACGGCUGGCUCCUUCUACUGUCAAUGUAAAAAAGGAUUUGCUCCAACAACCGAAUGUCGACCAGUUGGAGAUUUAGGUCUAGCUAACGGAGGGAUUCCAGAUGAGAGCAUUCUAACGUCUAUUAGUGAAGAAGGAUACGACCCAGGAAUGAUCCGCCUAAACUCAGUUGGAUGGUGCGGAAACUCGGUUGAAGCUGGCUCUAACUGGGUGCUCGUAGACUUCAAAGCUCCCACGAUUAUCAGAGGUUUCAGGACAAUGUCCGUGCAACGUUUCGAUGGCAACAUAGCCUUCACAUCAGCUGUUCGCUUGCAAUAUACUGACAGCCUAACUGAUGUUUUCAAGGACUAUGCCAACCCCGAUGGAACUGCUGUGGAAUUCAGAAUACUCGAACCCACUUUAUCUAUACUAAACCUUCCACUUCCGAUAGAAGCUAGGUACGUCCGAUUCAAAAUUCAAGAUUACGUUGGAGCUCCAUGUUUGCGAAUGGAAGUAAUGGGUUGCACGCGAUUAGACUGUGUUGAUAUCAACGAAUGCGCUAAAGAAAAUGGAGGAUGCGACCAGAAAUGUAUCAAUUCCCCCGGAAGCUACAGCUGCUCAUGUAAUACAGGAUACCAACUCUACACCGCAAACGGAACGGCUGGAUAUUACAUUGAAAAAUCCGAAACAGGAGAUCGUGAUGGUGAUACCUAUCAGGGAAAUAAAACAUGCGUACCUGUCAUGUGUCCUCCCCUUGUUGCUCCAGAAAAUGGAAAACUUCUCACCAGUAAAGCCCAACAUCACUUUGGAGACAUUGUAAAAUUCAACUGCAACUUUGGAUAUGUUAUAUCAGGAAGCUCAUCACUUGUGUGUAUGUCUAACGGGCAAUGGAAUGCCACAGUUCCAGAGUGUCAAUAUGCCAAGUGUGUAUCACUACCUGACAAUAAAAAGGACAAUCUAACAGUUCUGCGUCCUGAUCCAGAAAGUGUUUUGGUUCCAUUCAGAGACAACGUGACCCUUAUUUGUGGAUCCCCUGGACGUCGCUUACGAAACACAGCAACAUCAAGCUUCAGACAAUGCGUAUAUGAUCCAAAACCUGGGCUACCCGAUUAUUGGCUUUCAGGAGCACCACCUGCUUGUCCAAGAGCUGAUUGUGGUCUGCCCAUGCCCACUCCAGGAGCUGAAUACGGACAGUAUGUUGACACCAAAUUCCAAAGCUCAUUUUUCUUCGGCUGUCAGAAUACCUUCAAACUGGCUGGUCAAACAUCCAAGCAUGACAACGUAGUACGUUGCCAAGGAAAUGGAAUAUGGGACUUUGGAGAUCUACGAUGUGAAGGUCCAGUUUGUGAAGAUCCAGGUAGACCGAAUGAUGGAGUUCAAAUUGCUCGAAGCUAUGAACAAGGUUCAGAGGUUCUAUUCUCUUGUGCAAGACCAGGAUAUAUUCUAAUCAAUCCACGCCCAAUCACUUGUAUCCGAGAGCCUGAAUGCAGAGUCAUCAAACCCCUAGGCAUCAGCUCAGGAAAAAUCCCAGACUCAGCAAUAAAUGCAACAUCAGAACGUCCAAAUUAUGAGGCCAGAAAUAUUAGGUUGAACUCCGUGACAGGCUGGUGUGGUAAGCAGGAGGCAUUCACCUAUGUCAGUGUCGAUUUGGGUAAGAUCUACCGAGUUAAGGCCAUCCUCGUUAAAGGAGUUGUGACCAAUGAUAUUGUUGGACGUCCCACUGAAAUCAGAUUCUUCUACAAACAAGCUGAUAAUGAAAACUACGUUGUCUACUUCCCUAACUUCAAUUUGACCAUGCGUGACCCUGGAAAUUAUGGUGAACUAGCAAUGAUCACUUUGCCAAAAUAUGUCCAGGCCAGAUUUGUAAUUCUUGGAAUUGUCAGUUACAUGGACAACGCUUGCCUGAAAUUCGAAUUGAUGGGUUGCGACGAACCGGAAGCCGAACCUCUUCUAGGAUACGACUACGGGUUUUCACCAUGUGUUGAUAAUGAGCCUCCAGUUUUCCAAAAUUGCCCGCAACAGCCAAUUAUUGUCCGAAGAGAUAGCAAUGGAGCGGUAAUGCCAGUGAACUUUACAGAACCCACAGCUGUUGACAACUCAGGAUCGAUUGCCAGGUUGGAAGUCAAACCGCAAAGUUUCAGGACACCGUCCUACAUCUUCACAGAUACAGUUGUCAAGUACGUAGCCUUUGAUUACGAUGGAAACGUUGCUAUCUGCGAAAUCAAUAUAACGGUACCUGAUGUUACCCCGCCUCUAUUGAGCUGUCCUCAGAGUUAUGUAAUUGAGCUGGUAGACAAACAAGACAGCUACACCGUCAACUUCAAUGAGACUAGAAAACGGAUAAAGACGUCUGAUGACUCAGGUGACGUCAGACUAACUUUCAUCCCGGAUCAAUCUACGAUCCCAAUUGGAGGAUUCGAAAAUGUAACCGUAAUUGCUGCUGACAAGUAUAAUAAUAGGGCCAUAUGCCACUUCCAAGUCUCUGUUCAGGCUACCCCAUGUGUGGAUUGGGAACUACAACCGCCUGUUAAUGGGGCUAUAAACUGUCUACCGAAUGACAGAGGAGUAGACUGCAUAGCCACAUGUAAGCCCGGAUACCGAUUCACUGAUGGUGAUCCAACGAAGACCUUCUCCUGUGAAACUUCCAGAUUAUGGAGGCCAACCUCAGUUGUUCCAGACUGUGUCUCCGAAAAUACUCAACAAGCCGAUUAUCAUGUCACAGCCACUAUUAUAUAUCGUGCCAAUGGAGCUGUAGCAUCACCUUGCUUAGGCCAGUACCAGGAUCUUCUGUCUCAGUACUACGAUAACCUAAAUGCUCUCCUGUCUCAGCGAUGCUCUGCUGUCAACGUCAAUAUGAACGUUUCCUUCAUCAAAUCCAUGCCAACACUUCUGGAAGAAAAUGUAGUUCAAAUGGACUUUGUUCUGGUUAUCAUUCCUGCUAUUCGCCAACCACAAUUGUACGACCUUUGCGGAUCGACAAUGAACCUAGUUUUUGACUUGAGUGUUCCUUAUGCCAGUGCUGUAAUCGAGCCACUUCUGAAUGUUUCAAGCAUUGGAAAUCAAUGUCCACCACUACGUGCUUUGAAGAGUUCAAUCAAUCGUGGAUUCACCUGUAGCGUCGGCGAGGUGCUCAACAUGGACACAAACGAUGUGCCACGGUGUCUUCAUUGUCCUGCCGGCACAUAUGGAAGAAUGGGUCAAUCGAUUUGUACAUACUGUCCCAGAGGAUUCUACCAAAACCGCGAUCGCCAAGGUUCUUGCCUGCGUUGCCCACCUGGAACCUACACCAAAGAAGAAGGCUCCAAAUCCUUGCAAGCUUGCGUGCCAGUUUGCGGCUUCGGAACUUACUCGCCUACAGGUUUAGUACCUUGUCUUGAGUGUCCAAGAAACUCAUUCACCGGAGAGCCUCCAACUGACGGAUUCAAGGAUUGCCAAGCAUGCCCAGCAAACACAUACACAUUCCAACCAUCUGCUCCUGGAAAGGACCGUUGCAGAGAAAAAUGUCCAGCAGGAUUCUACUCAUCGACAGGAUUGGCACCAUGUUCUCCAUGUCCACAAAACUCUUACCAAGCUACAGCUGGAUCUAUGACAUGUAAUGAGUGCCCAACAAAUAUGAAGACUGACGGACCAGGAGCGACAGGGCGUGAAGAUUGUAAGCCUGUUAUUUGUGGAGAAAACGCUUGUCAGCACGGUGGUCUCUGUGUUCCUAUGGGUCAUGGAAUUCAAUGCUUCUGCCCAGCUGGAUUCUCUGGACGACGUUGCGAAAUUGAUAUCGAUGAAUGCGCCUCACAACCUUGCUUCAAUGGGGGAAUGUGUGUUGAUCUGCCCCAAGGUUAUAGGUGUGAAUGCCCACCAGGCUACUCAGGAAUCAAUUGCCAAGAGGAGCGAAGUGACUGCGGAAAUGAUACAUGUCCAGCUCGAGCCAUGUGCAAGGAUGAACCAGGGUACAAUAAUUUCACAUGCCUUUGCCGAAGUGGAUACACAGGAGUGGAUUGUGAUAUCACUAUUGAUCCUUGUACUGCCAAUGGAAACCCAUGUUCUAACGGUGCUAGUUGCUUGGCCUUGCAACAGGGACGGUAUAAGUGCGAUUGCUUGCCAGGAUGGGAAGGGGUCCAUUGUGAGAAGAACAUUGACGAUUGUGCCGAGAAUCCUUGCUUGCUGGGAGCCAAGUGCACUGAUUUGAUAAACGAUUUUACGUGCUCAUGUCCACCAGGCUUCACCGGAAAGCGUUGUCAUGAAAAGAUUGAUCUUUGCCUAUCUGAACCUUGCAAACAUGGAACAUGUGUUGAUAGACUGUUCGACCAUGAAUGUGUAUGUCACCCAGGAUGGACCGGUGCAGCAUGUGACAUCAACAUUGAUGAUUGUGCCGAGAAUCCUUGCGAAAACGACGCAACUUGCAUUGACCUAGUCGACGGCUAUACAUGCACCUGCGAGCCUGGAUACACUGGAAAGAAUUGCCAGCACACAAUCGACGAUUGCGAAUCAAAUCCUUGCCAGAAUGGAGCCACUUGCGUUGACCAAUUGGACGGCUUUGUCUGUAAAUGUCGACCUGGCUAUGUAGGAUUGCAGUGCGAAGCCGAGAUCGAUGAGUGCUUGAGCGAUCCUUGCAGUCCUGUAGGAACCGAGCGUUGCGUUGAUUUAGAUAACAAAUACGAAUGUAUCUGCCGAGAAGGUUUCACAGGAAAGAAAUGCGAGACUGAUAUUGAUGACUGCGCUACGACCCCAUGUUUGAACUUUGGUAUUUGCAAGGACAGAAUAGCUGGAUUCGAAUGUACCUGCCAAGAUGGAUGGACUGGGGAUAGAUGUCAGAACCAAGUCACAACCUGCUCCGUCGAGAAGCCUUGUCAAAACGAUGCAAAAUGUAUUGAUCUUUUCACUGAUUUCUUCUGCGUGUGCCCUAGUGGUACGGAUGGCAAGCAAUGCGAAACUGCUCCAGAAAGAUGCAUUGGCAAUCCAUGUAUGCAUGGUGGAAAAUGUCAAGACUUUGGUUCAGGAUUGAACUGCUCAUGUCCUGAAGAUUAUUCUGGAAUUGGUUGCCAGUACGAAUUUGAUGCAUGUGAGGCGAAUCUUUGCAAGAACGGUGCUACCUGCUUGGACAAUGGAGCUGGUUAUACAUGUGUCUGUCCCGAAGGAUAUACUGGAAAGAAUUGUGAGGAUGAUAUCGUAGACUGCAAGGAUAACUCUUGCCCACCAGGUGCUCAAUGUGUUGACUUAACUAAUGGAUUCUAUUGCCAAUGUCCAUUCAAUUUGACCGGAGAUGAUUGCCGGAAAACAAUCCAAGUGGAUUACGACUUGUACUUCAGCGACCCAACCCGAUCAACAGCAGCUCAAGUUGUUCCCUUCUUCACCAAAUCUGCGAAGAGUCUUACCAUUGCCAUGUGGGUCCAAUUCGCUCAAAAAGAUGACUCCGGAAUCUUCUUCUCACUAUACGGCGUGGACUCUGCCCAUAUUGCCAACAACCGACGACUUCUGAUUCAAGCUCAUUCAAGUGGAGUUCAGGUGUCUAUCUUCCCCGAUCUGCAAGAUGCCUUCCUCUCAUUCCGUGAAUACACCAUGGUCAACGAUGGACAAUGGCAUCACAUCGCUAUUGUUUGGGAUGGCUCAAUAGGACAACUGCAGCUCAUUACUGAAGGAUUGAUCGCCAGCAAGGCUGAGUACGGUGGCGGAAGAAGUAUUCCAGCAUACGCAUGGACAGUUCUUGGACGACCACAACCUGAAGAAACAGCAUCUCCAUCAACAACGACAUACGCCGAAGCCGGAUUCCAAGGAAAGAUCACUAAGGCACAAAUUUGGGGACGCGCUUUAGACGUCACCUCUGAAAUUCAGAAACAAGUCAGAGAUUGCCGAAGCGAACCAGUUUUGUACAAUGGACUCAUAUUGAACUGGGCUGGAUAUGAAGAAACAUCCGGUGGUGUUGAACGAUCAGUACCAUCUAUGUGCGGUCAAAGGAAGUGCCCAUCAGGAUAUUCUGGAUCAAACUGUCAACAGCUUGAAGUUGAUAAGGAGCCACCACAAGUCGAACAUUGCCCUGGCGAUUUAUGGGUUAUUGCAAGAAACGGUUCAGCAGUUGUUAACUGGGACGAGCCUCACUUCAGCGAUAAUGUAGGAGUUACAAAGAUUAUUGAGCGCAACGGACAUCGACCUGGACAAACAUUACUUUGGGGAAUGUACGAUAUCACAUACGUAGCUUAUGAUGCUGCAGGCAAUACGGCCAGUUGCACUUUCAAGGUUUCUCUGCUAGCUGAAUUCUGUCAACCUCUACCUGAUCCAAUCGGGGGAACCCAAACAUGUAAGGACUGGGGAGCUGGUGGACAAUUCAAGGUUUGCGAAAUUUCAUGUAAUCCAGGAUUGCGGUUCUCUGAGGCAGUUCCUGAAUUCUAUACUUGCGGUGCUGAAGGUUUCUGGCGUCCAACGAAUGACCCUACCCAGCCUUUGGUAUAUCCAUCAUGCUCACCCUCGAAACCAGCUCAACGUGUAUUCAGGAUUAAGAUGCUUUUCCCAUCCGAUGUUCUAUGUAAUGAGGCCGGACAAGGAGUUUUGAGACAGCGUGUUACCAGUGCAGUUAAUUCACUAAAUCGCGAUUGGAACUUCUGUUCAUAUUCAGUUGAAGGAUCAAGGGAAUGCAAAGACCUCCAAAUCGAUGUAAAAUGUGAUCACUACCGCGGAGGACAAGGUAACCGAGUGAAACGUCAAACCAGCGAAGAUGGAGGAACCUACGUUGUAGACGCCUUGAUUCCAGUUGAAAAAGAUGCAGCUUCUGAUGAUGAGGCGACCGGAGGACGCCAAGGACGUCAAGGUAGACAACAAGCUGGUGAUACAUAUACUUUGGAGAUCUCUUUCCCAGCGGUCAACGAUCCUGUCUUACACUCAUCGACUGGCGAACGCUCGGAUGUGAAAUCUCUUCUUGAGAAGCUCAUCUUAGAAGAAGAUCAAUUCGCUGUCCAGGACAUUCUUCCAAACACAGUAGCCGAUCCAGCUUCCUUGAUUCUUGCAUCAGAAUAUGCUUGUCCAGUUGGUCAAGUUGUUAUGGUUCCCGACUGUGUCCCUUGCGCAAUAGGAACAUUCUAUGAUGUUAACAACAAAACAUGUAAUCCCUGUCCACGCGGUACCUACCAAUCGGAAACUGGCCAAUUGCAAUGCUCUAAAUGUCCAACAAUUGCUGGAAGACCUGGAGUUACAGCCGGACCUGGAGCUAGAUCAGCAGCUGAUUGCAAGGAACGUUGCCCAGCCGGUAAAUUCUUGGAUCCGGAGACAGGAUUGUGUCGCCCAUGCGGACAUGGAUUCUAUCAACCACGUGAAGGUUCAUUCUCUUGCGAACUUUGCGGUUUGGGACAGACUACCAGGUCAGCAGAAGCAACCUCCCGAUCAGAGUGUCGGGAUGAAUGCAAGUCUGGAAUGCAGUUGGGCGCUGAUGGUAAAUGCGAACCAUGUCCACGAGGAACUUAUCGAACCCAAGGUGUGCAACCAGCAUGUCAAGCUUGCCCGUUGGGACGCACAACACCUAAGGUUGGAGCUUCAUCAGUAGAGGAAUGUUCGUUGCCUGUAUGCAGUCCUGGAACUUAUCUAAACGGAACACUGAAUAUGUGCAUUGAAUGCAGUAAAGGAUAUUACCAACCUGAGACUCAGCAAACGUCAUGCAUCAUUUGCCCACCAAACCACAGUACAAACAAUACAGGAGCUACUUCCAAGGCUGAGUGCACCAACCCAUGUGACACAAUUACCGAAGGACAAGCCCACUGCGAUCCCAACGCUUACUGUAUCCUUAUGCACGACACCUUCGACUUCAAAUGUGAAUGUAAACCUGGCUUCAAUGGAACUGGCAUGCAUUGUAUCGAUGUAUGCGAUGGCUAUUGCGAGAAUUCCGGAACCUGUGUCAAGGAUCGUAAGGGAGUACCAUCAUGUCGAUGCGUGGGAUCCUUCACAGGACCACAUUGCGCCGAACGAUCGGAAUUCGCUUAUAUUGCUGGCGGUAUUGCUGGUGCCGUCAUAUUCAUUAUUGUGAUAGUCCUUCUGAUUUGGAUGAUUUGUGUGCGAGCGAACAAACGAAAGGAUCCAAAGAAAAUGCUCACGCCGGCUGUUGACCAGACUGGCUCACAAGUUAACUUCUAUUAUGGUGCGCAUACGCCGUAUGCUGAAUCGAUAGCACCCUCACAUCAUAGUACGUAUGCUCACUAUUAUGAUGAUGAGGAGGACGGAUGGGAAAUGCCAAACUUUUAUAACGAAAGUUAUCUAAAGGAGGGUCUCCAUGGUGGUAAGAUGAGCACAUUAGCGAGAUCUAAUGCUUCGCUCUAUGGUACAAAAGAAGACUUAUACGAUCGAUUAAAACGACACGCUUAUACAGGAAAGAAAGAAAAGAGUGAUAGCGACAGCGAAGGACAAUAAUUUUAUUACAAAAUUUAAUUAGCUAUUUAAAUAACAUAAAAUAUUCUCAAAUAAACCGAAAGCCAACAUAAAUCAAGUAUAGCAAAUAAAUAUCAUUCUGGUCAUUGAUUCCAAUAAAUACAUAAAACUAUGCGGAAAUAUACAACUCGAGAGUCAGACAAUACUAUAUAUUACGUCCUGAAUUUCCUUCAAAGGAAAUAUCACUCGCAUCCUGCUAUAUUCUGUCUAGAACGCGUGAACUGUUUUAAAAAUACUCACAUAGCUAGAAAAGCUGAAAUUGUUAAACCAAUUUGUAAUUAAAACGUAGGAAACGUAAAAUAUACUUAUUACAAUUUCUUUUUAUUUUUCUAUAUAGUAUCUUCUAUUAUUUUAUUAUUAUCUUUUAGUUUUGUUUAUAAUUUGCUUCAAACAUUGUAUUAAUUACCAAAGUUGUUAAGUAAUCUAAAACAUCUUAUCAAGUAAACAAUGAAAUACAAUGCAUUUCUCCAAUUCAAUGUUGAUACAAAUCUAUUAUCUUGUAUUGACAUUUAAUUUGUUAGUAUUUAUUGCAAUAUAAAACUCUGCUCUAUAAACAAUAACAAUUCAGAGCGAACCAUCGAAAUAGUAACCAUUUGCAAUAUAGACUAUACAAUAAUAUUUGGACAAGUUUCGUAAUCAAAUAUCACAUAUUGUAUAAUAAUAACAAAUUCAAUCAUGUAUUACGCUAGAUUAUGAAUUUGUAUCUAAAUUUUUGCACGUUUCUCUUAUUACGAAACUUUUCUGAAUUAUAAUAAAAGAUGUUUAACAUUACCAACGUACAACAAUCUUUCAGAUAAAGAAAAGAAAGUUGUUUCGUUUUUUUCUUUUUAUUUUAUCUUCAAUUUGUUUAUAAUUUGUUUUAUCUAAACUGAAAUGUAAUCUUACUUCUUAGUGCUUUUGUAUCGAAUUCUAUUAGGAAAGAAAGUCAAGAUGAAAUUAUAUUUAUAAAAAAAAUAAAUAAAAGUUGUUCAUAUCAUUACUAGGGAUAGAAUUUGUAUCUUAUGUACUUUAUAGACAGAAAUAAAACUUAAAUUUAAAGUAACUAUCCAAAAUAUAAUAUUUAUGUAUUUUUCCGCUAAUAUUUGUAUUACAUUUAUCUAAUUGUAAGUUAUAUAUAUACGUGCCCUGUUAAAGAAGAGAAUGAAGUGUUAUUUUUUAUAAAGGUGGCUACAUAUAGUCAGGUUUUUUGUGACUAUUGAUUAUCUCGACUUCUUUUAUAAACAAAAUUAAUCAUUCAUAACUAUAUGAAUGAUUAUUUUCAUAAGCAAUAGUUUUAUAUCUUCGCAUAUAUAAGUUUGAUCAUCUGUUUUGUUUUUAAUUAUAAAUUCGCAAAAAUCUAAGUACGUAUAGUAUACUAAACAAAAAUAUUGUAUUUUUGAUAUAUUUUCUCGUUUGGAUGCUAUCUGUAGUCUCUAUUUGAUAAUGAUAAUCGAAAUUGAUAAGAAAUUUAUGUUCUUUUCAUUUUCAAGUAUUUUGAUACUGAAAAUGAAAAUGGACUGAACAAUUAUACAGAAUAAAAGUAUUUACAAAAUAAAUAAACACUGUAUUUCUU